AUGCAAGUACCCAUUGCUGGUUGUUGUCUAUACCACCGCAGAAUGGCCUACCAUGUACUAAAGGCUUCAAUCCCGAUUUUGGUGAAAGGAAGAAAUCGUAGUCAAGGCCCUGGGAGCUGGGCGGCGAAAUUGAGGUACUGCGUAGGCGCAGCUGUGACCUUGAAAAGAAAUCUUACCCUGCAGUCAAAUAUGGAGACGUCCAAACACAAAGGAGUAGACGGGGAGGCCAGUGCAGUCACUCUCUUUCGAGAGUACUUAAGAAUAAAGACUGUUCAUCCAGAUCCAGAUUAUGAUGCUGCCGUUGUAUUUUUGAAUAGAGUAGCAAAGGAAAUUGGACUGGAAUUUCACUGUGUUGAAGUUCAUCCAAGAAAACCCGUAGUAGUACUGAAAUGGAAAGGAACCGAUGAAACGCUUCCAACUAUUCUUCUAAACAGCCAUACCGAUGUUGUCCCUGUGUACCAGGAAUUUUGGAAAUACGACCCUUUUGCUGCUGUAAAAGAAGAGAAUGGGGAUAUUUACGCAAGGGGCACACAGGAUAUGAAGUCAGUGGGCAUACAGUACCUCGAGGCAAUAAGGAGACUUGAAGCUGAAGGAAAAUCUUUCCCAAGAACGAUUUAUUUGUCCUUCAUGCCAGACGAAGAAGUUGGUGGCAAACUUGGCAUGCAAAAGUUCCUUGAAAGUCAAGACUUCAAAGACAUGAAUGUUGGUUUUGGCUUGGAUGAAGGCCUGGCAAACCCAACUGAAGAGUUCAAGGUCUAUUACGGACAAAGGUCCACGUGGUGGCUUAAAAUAACUUGCCCAGGAAACCCUGGACAUGGUUCAAGAUUCAUUGAAAAUAUUGCAGUCGAGAAAGUGCAAAAGAUUGUUAAUCAAAUAAUGGAAUACAGGAACAGUGAAAAAUCAAGACUUGAAAAAGGGUCUUGUCUACAUCUUGGAGAUGUGACUACUUGCAAUAUAAACUUGAUUCAGGGAGGGGGUAUGCAGCUGAACGUGGUGCCGUCGGAGUUCAUCGUAGGAGUCGAUAUCAGAAUUUCUCAUGACAACGAAUUAAAGGAUUUUGAAGAGCGGAUCCAAACUUGGGUAAGAAAUGCAGGGAGUGAUGUCACGUACGAAUUUGUGCAGAAAAGUGACUCCGAAGAAGUAACUUCAACAGAAACUGGCAACCCAUGGUGGGAAGCCUUUUCACAAGCCUGCACUAAGAUGAAUAUGAAGAUUGACAAGGAGGUUUUUCCUGCUGGUACCGAUAGUAGAUACUUGCGAAAGAUUGGAACUCCCUGCCUUGGAUUUUCGCCGAUGAACAACACGCCAAUCUUACUGCAUGACAAUAACGAAUUUUUGAACGAAAACAUUUUUCUCAAAGGCAUCGAUAUUUACUAUGAAAUCAUUUCAAGCCUUGCUCGGGUUCCUAAAAUGUAGAAUAACGCUUAUGUUUGAAUGGCUUGUUUUAUACAAGAUGCAAUUAUAAUAUAUUAAGAUUUUGAGUUUUGCAUGUUGAUCCACAAUGAUUA